CUGACAGCAUCCCUCCUGCCCAUUGGGCCGGCAUGGACGGGGCUGUCCAAUAGAGCGAGGCGUUGGUGCGGGGAGGCGUCGCCAUCUUGGGGCUGCUGGGACUUUUGCGUCCGUUGGAGACUCCGGGACGUCGGUAGUUUCCUGGGCCGGGUUCUGCGGCCUUGCUUCUGUUUACUUUUCCACUCCAGGCCACUAUGCCGCAGUACCAGACCUGGGAGGAGUUCAGCCGCGCUGCGGAGAAGCUUUACCUCGCUGACCCUAUGAAGGUACGUGUGGUUCUCAAAUAUAGGCAUACUGAUGGGAACUUGUGUAUUAAAGUAACAGAUGAUUUAGUUUGUUUGGUGUAUAAAACAGAGCAAGCUCAAGAUGUAAAGAAGAUUGAGAAAUUCCACAGUCAACUAAUGCGACUUAUGGUAGCCAAGGAAUCCCGCAAUGUUACCAUGGAAACUGAGUGAAUUGUUUGAAAUGAAGACUUUGUCAUGUACUUAGGAAGUAAUUAUCUUUUGAAUUAGAGAAAGUGUUGGGACAGAAAAUACUUUAUGUAACUAAGUGGACUAUUCAGAAGCUUAGAGGUCAUUUUUUGUAAUUUUCUUUUGAAUGUUUGCUUUAGAAAGCUAGGAAUGGGAAUGUUUUCAGUUAGAAAGCCUGUAUUUACUUUUGGAAAUUGAACAAGAAAUGCAUCUGCCUUGGAAACUUUGCAGAUUAUUUGAUGUUAGGUAAAACACAUAAUUGUUUCUCUGACAAAUUUGUAUCAGUAAUUUGAAAAUGAGAUAUGAAGAAAAGCCAAUUCUUAAAUUUAGUUCAUCUGUCUUUAAAAGAACAUUAAAUGUAACCAUUUUGUUGGAUCGAUGUAUUUCUUUUGGAGCAUAAAAUGUAUGUUGUUGAUGACCAAUAAAUAUAAAAUAUGGUAAUUGGAAUUAACUCUGCACCAUAGUAUGCAUUGUUACACAUACUAUGCACCUAAUUGUGUAUAUGUAGUCUCAAUUAAAUCUAAAAGUAAUUGACUAACAAGUAUGCUUUGCCUUCUUUCCAGAUUUAAACUACCUUUUAAUAUAAGGGAUUUGUAGGAUCAGCUUGUUGAGCAAUGACUUCGAAUCUAGUUUUCAGAAGCAGCAGUUAUUUGAGUGCGUGAAUGGAAUGAUGAUCACUAUAAUGUACUGAAACCACCAUAUUACAGAAAUAUUUGCUACUUAUUUUCCAUCUGUAGUUUCUCAGAAGGGCUAUAGAUUAUUUGAACUGUCAAAUCCUUGCAUACUUCUGUGACACCCCUGCCCAUUUUCACUCUCUAUUUAACCAAGGUGUUAGAUGUGACUGUCACAACUGUUAUGUUUCCCAGUAAACCAGAAGUGUGAUAUUAUUUGAUACUUACAUUUGUAUCCUAAAUUUCACCACCUAAAUGUAAUGUUCACAUGUUGAUUCCUCAAGAAUGAAGUGAAGGUACUACAUUGAAAUAUGUUUUGUAGAAAUUUGUCAUGUUGAGCAACAUUUUAGCAUGGUAAGUUCCCUUAGCUAUAUGAAUUUUGGCAUGUUUCAGAGAGAUGAGCAAAUAAAAUGUUACAUAAA